AUGUUCUUCUCCCAGCUACUUCGUCAACGGCCUCGUCUCACUACGAUAACACGCCUGGCUCAUCUCACAUCGAGACCCCUAGCACGCUUUGCAAGUACCGGAGCACAAGCUAAACCCUUCUCAACCGGUACCGUAGCUGUGUCCUUCGCUGCAGGACUAGCAUCAGCUACAACUGUGUACUGGUUUACCUCUCGUAGCAGCCAGACCCAGACCCAGACCCCAGGUCCCGCAGAAGCAUCUAGUGCUUUAAAUGACAAGGGCAACGGUAUUCCAGACCUAAAUAAGCUGGGCUUGUCCGAUCAGAUUGCCUAUAGCCCCACUCCCACUUCGGAGGACGUCACGCGCCAGUUAAACGAGCAUGCUUUCUCCGUACCUGGGGGAGGGAAGCCGGUGAGGAGAUACGACGGUGCUCAAUUGGCUUCUAAUAGUCCUUGCGAAGAUGCUUUUAUACACGGCAGCUUCUCUAAUCCCCUUGAUAAAGGCAACGAGGACUGGCUCACAUGGGGUGUUUUCGAUGGGCACUGCGGCUGGCAGUUAUCAAAUCUCUUGACCAAGCAACUAAUCCCAUACGUUCGGAAUGCUCUCGGUAAUAUCAAACCCAAGGACGGAAACCAGCUCAGCGAUGAGGACAUCCAAGAAGCCAUAAAAUCGGCUUUUACAACCCUCGAUGACACCCUGGUCAAGUCCGCCGUAGCAACUAUCAACGGCAAUCUUUCCUUUGCAGAGAAAGUUAGAAGAUUAGAGGCCGCGUACGCAGGCUCAUGCGCCCUCCUAGCGCUCCUCGAUCCGCAGAGCAGAAAACUCACGGUAGCGUCGACGGGAGACUGUCGAGCGGUGCUCGGCCAGAAAACCGCGGACGGCAAGUGGGCUGCUACGGAACUUACGACGGACUGCACGGGGGCUACGCCGAGCGAAAUCGCCCGCAUCCAGGCGCAGUUCCCCGACGAGCCCGAGAUAGUCAAGGGUGGCCGGGUGUGGGGCAUGCAGCCGUCCCGGACUUUCGGCGACGGCAUGUGGAAGUGGCCCGCGGCGCUGAAGGAGACCCUUCGCGAUUACUACAACGGGCUAAGCUUGCCGUCUGCAGUGCGGUACGGCGCUUACAAGGAAGGGCCGUACCUGACUGCCGAGCCGCUGGUCACCACGACCAAGAUCCCGGAAUCUGGACCCUCGUUUGUAAUCUUGGCGACGGAUGGCCUAUGGGACGCGAUGACAAGCGAGCAGGCUGUCGACUUGGUGGGGAAGUGGAUCGAGUGGCAGGCCCAGGGACAAGGAAAGCCGGUGAAGCCCAGGUCGGACGGUUUUGGCGAGGUGGUUCUUGGACGCAAGCAGCAGUGCCGGUUCGAGGAGCAAAAGCUUACGCUGCAGGAUAGCAACGCGGCUGUGCAUCUCGUGCGCAAUGGCCUAGGAGGUGGCGAUGAGAAUAUGGUGCAGGGCGCGCUGACGUUUAGGUACCCGAACUCGAGGGAUAUCAGGGAUGAUAUUACCGUUCAGGUUGUCUUUUUUGCUCCUGCCACGGGGAAGGGGGGGAAGUAA